AUGCCCUAUGCUCAAACAUCAUGGUCAUCCGUUGUUUAUUUUGUGAACAGCUGGCUUUGGCCACAAGUUACCGGUCUUUACUCGGAGAAUGUUGAACCUCAAUUAGUCAAAAUCGGGCAGAGACUGGCCAGCUAUCGUGAGGGAAAUCAGCUGCGCAAGGUUGUGGAUGAGGUUGACAAUUACCCUCUGUUGGCUGACGUCGAGUACCACAAGCUCUUCGGAACAACUGAAUUGGCAACACAAACUCGCGAGAAGAUUGAAUCAGACCUGCGAACUUGGCAGGAAAAGUUUUCUGUGGCUGCGGAUUUAGGUAUCGAAGAUCUUGAAGAGCGCCUAUACGGACUUGUUGGGGGUUAUGUAAAUGGCGGGGCCGAGAAUCAUGGGAGGAGCCUUCUUACGGCUCUGGAAACCGCUGUGGAACACGAACUCUCGGCUGUCAAGCUUCGUAUAGGCGAGUUGACUGAGGCUUUGCCUAGUGAACAUUCUCCAGCGGAGCAAACGGCGCAAAGUGAACUUCUUAAGGACAUCAGACAAGCCGCAGUCGUCAUUAGGGAUCGCGCUCAUGCUAUCCGAGAAUGGCACAGCUCAUUUGAUCAGGAUGUGCGUGACCUGGGGCUUCAGGAAAUAGGGAUGCGCUGGGCUUGGAUGGAUGGUGUUACCUACAAAGAUUGGGCAAAAUAUCAUGCACUGAAAGCACAGUUUGAAGAUUGGAAGGGUAAAUUCCGGAAGGUCGGCAUGCGCCAUCCAAAAUUGGAAGAUGCCAGGGCACUCUCUGAUGAUAUCUUAUCUCGUGGAAUGGAUGUUGCCGAAGCUGCUGCGAAAGAACUUGCCAGGCUGAAAGAUGUCGGUAGAUGGAAGAUUGCGGCGCGGGAAGUGAGUGACAACUUCGAUACUAGGUCCGGCUCUCCUCCUCCACGGCCAAUGCCUAGUGAACCGUCUACACCCGCUCCCCAAGAGCAUUACCUAGAUGCAGACUCUCCAAAUCACAAAGCUUCAAUGCACCGUGAAACCGGCAACGCUAGCUCAGCGGCACAGGGUGCUGCGGAAUCCGAAGACCAAGCGCUGGGUCUUGACGAUGCACCUAUAGCACAUGACCAUGUCAACUCGGAAGGGGUGGAAUUAUCGAACGAAGAACUAGAGCCGUCUGAAGCUCCUGCGGAAUCUGGUGGUCAUAUAGAGACCGGUCCACUCAGAGCACAGCAAACCGACAGGGAGGAAGACACCACGAAAUCAACUUGGGGUGUAGCUGCGGCUGAAGCUAUGUCGAAACAAGGCGUACCUGAAUUCGAGGAAGUUCCUGAAAAUGUUUACAGUGCUCUAAACAGUGUUCGUAAAAACUAUGCGGAAGUUGAAAGAUCAGCUGGAGCGGGAUCAUCCCAGUCGCUCGAGCAGGAGGCUCACGAACAACCCGAUGACUCUCAAAACCUUCAUAAGCCGCAAGCUCCAAGCUCCUCGAGUGCUCAUUACGAAGCUGUUGAAAACCUCGUCUCUGAGCUGCUCGCCGGGAAAGAUCCUUCUUUUGUCCAGGACGUGAUGGACAAACUACACGCUAUUUAUAGAACCUCACACCCCGCGUCCGAACCACAAAAAGAUAUUGUUGCAAACGAUAGGGCCGCUUCCAUUCCAUUUUCACCGGCUACUAGCAUGCGCGUUGGUGGAGACUCCGUGAAGGAUAGCUAUGAACAACCUGAGGCAUUUACCCCUGUUGUGGAAUCUGCCACUAGCAGUGCUGUUUACACCCCAAGUGAGCCUGCUUUUCCGUUGGAAAGUACACAGGAACAGCAUGCAAUGAUUGCUACCAACGAAGGCGACUUGAUUCUGGACGCCACUGAGACUGCCACAUAUCGUAUACAGAACUCGGACGACAACCUUGAAGAGACGCCUGAUAGAGACGGCCUAUGA